AUGGCGAAUUCGUGGAGUCCGAAGAAUCUGAAUGUUCUCACCUGUAUUGUGGUGAAUUUUGCAGCUGUGCAAGACAGGGAUCACAAAUUCUUGACAAAGACAGUGGAAGAAGCAUACCGAGGAGUCGAUUGCGGUGACGGAGGUCUAUUUGGAGCAGUUGUCGUCCGCAAUGAUGAAGUGGUAGUUAGCUACCAUAACAUGGUUCUGAAGCACACUGACCCUACUGCGCAUGCUGAAGUAACUGCAAUUAGAGAGGCUUGCAAAAAGCUCGGGAAAAUCGAGCUCUCUGACUGCGAAAUUUACGCGUCCUACGAGCCAUGCCCAAUGUGCUUUGGUGCAGUUCAUCUCUCCCGAAUCAAGAGGCUGGUUUAUGGGGCCAAGGGGGAGGCUACCAUCGCCAUUGACCUGCAAUGCACUACUCUCUUAUGAUCAUGCGUGUACUGCCACAUUCUGAUAUGAGUACUCAACUUUAAAUUAAUCAAUCUACUGUAAGUCACAACUUUUGGAUAAAAUUUCUUCCUAGCUGAUAACCAUUUUUAUGUCACA